CAGGCUGCGUCAAUGCCGUCCUCCUCGUCAGCUCCUAGUCACCUCAACAUUCACACGGUCACAACUGUUCCUGAUCCUUUGCUCACUCAAAUUGUAAUACUAUUCCGUCCCGCACUGCCUCCUGCUAGCAAUCACUCUGCGGACAUUGGGAAGAAGCGUUCCUUGACAGGCGUUGGAGCAAAGAUCGCCAGCGAAUCGAGGCGGAUGUAGGAUCGUCGAGGCACGCUAGGAACGAGUAUUAUAUGGAGACUCCACGAUGAGCGCACUGAUCACUCACUCUUGCCCACAACCAACACCAAACUGCGUGUCUCCCCUCUAUUCCCCACUCUGCAGUGUACCCCUCACCCAGACACAUCGUCAUACGCGUUCACAGCAAGACACAAGAUCAGCUCACCGAUGCCGCCCAAGAAAGGACAGGUGAAGGGGGAACCAGCCUGCGAGGAGCUCGCAGCUGAGGAGGUCAAAGAAGAGGAGAACGCUUCUGUCGACGACGAGAACGAGGCUGCUGAAGCCUGCAGUGCAAAAUCCGAGCGAAGAGCUUCUUCACCACUCUCUUCUGCAGGAGAUGCCUCCGAAGCCGAGGGCAAGGUCAAGGAGGAGAUACCAGUGACUCCAAAGAGAAAGCGACAAGAGAAAGAAGAGCCUUCGACCCCCUCGCCAACGAAGAAAGCUCGAGCACCUAAAUCGCCCGGAACUCCAAAGGCUUCCUGGCUCACCAAGUUGCCUCAGCCCUCUGAACCUCCUGCUCUCACGACGGCCUCGCGCCAGAUCAAUCAGGAAGACCACCUUGCACUAUGGUUCGCCAUCAUCUCCCGCUUCAACGAGUUCAAACCGUCCUCUGAUGAAGGAAUGAACAAGUAUCACUGGCUGGAGCGCAAGAUGGGUCGUGCAGCAGACGACAGACACAAGUACGGAUGGGGCGAAUACCUUCGAGGUCCCUUUAUGAUCUUUGCCAAGAGUCUGCUCAGCUGGAUCCAGUCAGGCUGCCCACCCUCUGGUCUUUCUGUACCCAAAGGAAAAGCCGAAGAAGGCUGGAUGGAUUGGAAGUUGGUGGCCUCGACGAUCUAUGAGGAGUUUAGACCUGCUUGGGCUGAUCUGCAGAAGGAGAGGCAGCUGGGAAAGGAUGGGAACGAGAGACUGAGGAUGGCUAGUGGUGGGAUGCUCAAGAAGAUACUCUCUGCGCUUGAUGGAUAGGAAGGUGUCAGAUAGGGCAUGUGUACUCUCUUC